GACUGAGCGAGAAGCCGAAAAAUAAUUGGAUUUCGUCUAAAAUACCCGCCAUUGUACCGAAUUUUCUGGUUAACAAUAAAAGGAAUCUCCCCUCUCCUCCCUCUCCCUCUCUCUCAUCCUCUGAUGUCUGUCUCUGUAAUGAGAAAAUUACAAGUAAAUGAGAAUGCUGGGGCUUCAGGAGACGAAACCGGAGAGAUCGGCUUGCCAGGGUCGGGAUGACAGUCCCAAUUCUGUGAUUUUCACCCAAGAAUCCAACUUAAGUCUCGUCUCUUCCGCUUCCGGAAGUGUUGAUCGUUGCUCCUUUGCGUCGGAUGUUCACGAUCACGAAUCCUUCGUUUCCGAACUCUCCAAGCAUUUGGCGGGAAGUGAUCUCCACGAUAGUUCGAGUGGUCCAGAUCUAAAUCCGAAGAGGCCACUUACGGUACAGAAGAACAGCCAUCCUGUCAGAAAAGGCGAAAGUGCAAAAGAUACAGAUCGAGAAGAAGAAGAAAUAGAGACAGAUGACGAUAAUCAAAUCCUAGAUAGAGGAAAAGAUUUUGAUUCUUUCUCCACUGCUCUCAUAGAAUGUCAGAUCCGGCGACUCCAAUCUGAUCCUCUUACAACCGCAAAGAAACAAGGGAGGCAAAGGCCCGCCUCGUUAGAUCUGAAUAGUCGAGGAAGCGAUGCCACCGGCUCUUCGCCAGGAUUAGUAGGCAUGAAGAAGAGCUCCGGUUCUUCUCGCAGAUCUGGUACGUUUCCUAGCCCGGGGACGCCGAAUUAUAGGCAUGGUAGUGUAGGGGUUCAGAAAGGUUGGAGCUCAGAACGAGUGCCGCUGCCGGUAAAUGGCAGCAGGAGGUAUGCUAGUGCUGCUCUGUUGCCUUUGAGCAAUGGAAGAACGUUGCCAUCUAAAUGGGAAGACGCAGAAAAGUGGAUUUUCAGUCCAGUAUCAGGAGAUGGAGCUAGCCGGUCUUCAAUGCCCCAUCCUCAAAGGCGGCCCAAGUCCAAGAGUGGCCCGCUUGGCACUCCGGGAAUGGCUUUCUAUUCGGCGUAUUCGCCUGCAAUGCCAAUGUAUGACGGCGGGAAUUUUGGGAGUUUCAUGGCGGGUUCCCCUUUCUCAACUGGAGUACUAAUUGCAGAUUGUCCAUCUGGUCGAUCUGGUGGCGGUGGUCGUCGUGAUGGUGCUUCUGGCCGAGGCUCUCUCCAUGCUCAGACGGAGCCCUGUAUUGCGCGUUCCGCUAGCGUGCACGGGUGGUCGGAUGUGUUGGCUCAGUCUUCGACGACCGGCUUACAAGAUGAGAAACUUGAUGGCACCAAGGAUGCAGCAACCAUGAUAUCUCGUUCUGUUUCAAGAAGGGAUGUGGCAACCCAGAUGAGCCCUGAGAGUAGCACCCAAUCAUCACCAAAUGGUAGGCCUUCUUUCUCUCCCUCACCUCCUCCACUCCUUCCAAUUGUGGAGCUGCAGGGCCGCCAUUCCUUUAAAUCAGAAAUCAGGGACGUGCAAGUAGAUGAACGGGUCACUGUGACAAGGUGGUCUAAGAAACAUGGCGCCCGAGUGCCUGAGAAGGGUUCAGCAAAUGUUGAGGACUGGAACAAGAAAGCCACAGAAACUCAGCCUUCAGCUUGGGAAGUUGCUGAGACAGCAAAAUGCCUAUCAAAGUGUAGAAGAGAGGAAGCCAAGAUCACUGCGUGGGAGAACUUGCAGAAAGCAAAAGCUGAAGCAGCAAUACGGAAACUAGAGAUGAAACUUGAGAAGAAACGAUCAUCUUCAAUGGAUAAGAUAAUGAGCAAGCUGAGAUUGGCCCAGAAGAAAGCACAUGAGAUGAGGAGCUCAGUGGCAGCCAACCAGGCCCAUCAGGUAGCCAGGACUUCCAGUAAAGUUGUAUCCUUCCGUAAGGCUGGGCAGAUUGGAUCUUUGAGUGGCUGCUUCACCUGCCAUGCGUUCUAGAAAAGUAUCCGUUUUCCCAUUGAUUCAUCUUCACUAUCUUGAGUACCUGAGGACUCCAAGCAUGGAAAGACAAGUAAACAACAAUGGAGUAAGCAGGGGAAAAAAGUUUACAAUUUCAGCAAUAGCCAAUAGGUAGUGCCAAUCAGUUUUGCAGUGGCUGGAAAGGCGGGUGUUUCCAAAUAGAUGUCAGAAUGUUCUCUACAUUCAUUUCAUGGGGGAUGUGAUCCAUUACGGGAAUUCCAAUAAUAGCGUAUGAAUUCAUAUAUGUAGCUCGCACUUGGGAUUUAUCAACCAUCAUAAAUGGAAAUUCUGAUCAUCGGGCUGUGGAGCCCCCCUCUAAUUUGAGUGGAAUAUGGAGUGAUCUGGUCCAAAAUACCAGAACAUGAUCACCUGUUGUAGACAUGGUCCAUGCUCGACACUCCCUCAUUCUCUUUCAUCAAAAUAAGCACCUUCUUUUCGAUGGCUAUUACA